AUGAUAAUAUAUGCUACACACGACAUUCUGACUGAGGAAGACUCUCUGCUUGGAUACCUUUUACUUCGCUGCAUGUGCCUUUACCUUGAGGUCGACAUGUAUGCCGCCUUCGAGGUUCACACAGCCAAUACAAUCAGCGAGGGCAGAGGUGCCAUUCAAGCCCUGACGGUGUUUAUGAAGGUGUGUCUACAAUACAUCACGGUGACUGAGGAGGACGACAAAAACUGGAAUUUUCCAAAACUCCACAUGACCACGCACCUCUUCGAUGAUAUUGAAGCUAAGGGAGUCACGAGGAACUACAACACGAAGCCGAAUGAACAAAUGCACGGUCCAUUGAAGGAUUGGUACCAGCGCCGGACCAAUUUUAAGAAUGUCGCCGAACAGAUUCUUCGUUUAGACCACUGGCUACUCGUUGCGGAUGACAUUCGUCGUCGAAUCUUUGACUUUGAUGAGUAUUCAAGGGCGAAAUCACAAGGCCAAAUAAACGAUAUCGAUGACAUUGACAACGACGCCCAUGAGGAUGGCCUCGAUUCUGAUUUGACAGAUCCUAUUCUACAUGACUUCAACCCUUUAGAUGGAUCUCUGCACGUGAAAUUAGGGUCGCGGUGUAGAAACAACAAUACAGAGUGGAACAAAUGA